AUGACCCCUGGUAGUGCUGGCAAUGAAGUUCCAGAUACUCAGGAUGCUGGAGUUAUGGCAGAUAAGCAAAGAAGGUGGAAGGUUCCAAGUGAGGGCUUUGUAAAGGCCAAUUGGGAUGCAGCUAUCAACUUGAAUCUAAGAAUGAUGGGGAUAGGAGUAAUUAUAUGGGAUGAAAGGGGAGAAGUGCUAGCAGCCUAUUGUGAUCAAAAGAAGUAUGUGCAACAACCAGCUACAACAGAAUGUAUGGCCCUCUGGAAAGCUAUGGAAUUGGGCAGAGAUCUUGGCUUCAAUAGGGUGAUUUUUGAAGGUGAUGCACAUACUAUUGUGAAGGCUGUAAAUGAGGAGAGUGAAGACUUCCUAGCUUAUAGGAGUAUAGUUCAAGAUGCAAAACAGAUGCUACAACAACACAGAAACUGGAAGGUGCAAUUUGUCAAUAGGAACUUGAAUGAAGUGGCUCACAUUUUAGCCAAAAUGGCUAUUAGUUUAGAGACUGAGAAAGUUUGGAUGGAAGAUAUAACAAGUUGUAUUUCUGAAAGUAUAGAAAAGGAUAAGGAAUGUAUGAACAAUGUUGAUUAA